AUGCUGAAGGCUCGACGCCUUGGCGUGCCCCAUCUUUGGCCGUCUCGGGUGAAGGUCUUCUUCUUGGCGAUUCUAACAUCUGUCUUCAACUUCAGUGUGUUCCAAUAUCUGCACAAUGCCAAUGUCGCAUACCUGAACUUGUCAUCGCCAUCUUACAAUGAGAUCGUGUGCAAGUUGCCUCGGGAGGAGUGUGCAAGCAAUCCCGACCCAGCAAGCUGCACAGUGGACUUGGAGGAUCGUCUUUUAAGUAGCGAUGAGCCAGAGAUCGAGAUUCCUGACCGCGAAGUCUCUAGCGACAGCGGCCUGCGGCAGAAGCAGUUGAAGCUCGUGCUGGCAGAAAUGGGAAAAUGCGAGGAAGCACGUGAAGUUGGGCUGCUUGCAGAGUCUGCAGUGGAGUUGGUCAACCUCUACGAGAAGCAGAGCCGUAGCAUCCAACUUGACACCUCAGAUGCGGGUGACGCAUCAAAGGCUGAGCAGUGCAAAGCUCUAGAUGCUCAGAAAGCAGCACUUCUGGCAGCGAGAAUGGCCUUAAAGGACAGAGAGUGGGCUCUGGUUGAAGCCAAGCAUCGCGCCCAGCAGCUGGAGGAGGAGCGUUUGCAGCAGGACUACCGCAUUCGGGCCUUGCAGACAGCGCUUGACAAGGCGUUGUCCUCGAGGACAGAGGCCGAGAAACGCCACCUAGAAGCUUAUUCCACAGCCGAUGCUGAGGCCGCGGAGCAGAGGGGCGAGCUGAGGAAGCGGCUUUCGGACGCCGAGGUCGCAAGAGAUCAGGCCAUGGCUGAUCUCGCUGCUGUGGAGGAGCGCAUCGAGGAAGCACGGCGAGUGGCGGAUCGCCGUGAAGAGGACUUGCUUUCCCAGCUCGCUGCGCAGGAAGCGCAGCUGCAGGAACUCCAGAGCAAGCUCGACAGUCGCGAGGCUCGUUCGUCGCCAGAAGCGCCAAGCGAGGCGAAAUCCUCGGAAACGUUUCCGCCAGCGCGGCCUAGUUUUCGUCUUCAGGGAAUGCCCAGCGGAGGCCUCACUGAAGAGUCGCACAUCCAGGGUGUAGGCAUGGUGAUGGCGACCCCACGCUUGCACUACAAUCCGCCGAGCGCACCUCGAGCACCAAAGCCACCUCCAACCGAGACGAGGGGCAAGUAUGUGCAGUGCUUGCUAGUUGAUGCCAGUGAGGCAGCACAGAACAGCGUUGGCAAUGUCCUGCUCGUUCACCGCUUGAUCUCGCAUGCGUUGAUUUUCCAUUUUUGCCGGUCGUUCCUCACUCACUCACCCCCCGUUUGCGUGUCGCUGCAACUUGGCCUGGUAGCGCCUGGAAGUGAUGUUCGAAACGGAGUUGGGUGGGGUAGGUCGGUGGCCGAUCCAGAUGCUGUGAGGUCUAAGAUCUCUGUGUACAGCAUGACGCCGGUGACCAUGUCAGAUGGGGUGCUGGUCUUUACUCAAUCGUCUGAACCUGACGACACCAUGCCCACACCUACCGGACCUGGCUUUGCUAGAAGAGGAUCAGAGACCAUUCAUCUUGUGUCAAUCCUAGCUCUGAUUUGGUUGUCAGAUGUGAUGCUCUUGUUCACAGAGGUCAUGCUUUGGUCGCUGUUCCAAGCGGUUGCCUUCAUGGUGGUAAUGUACCCUUUUUCGUUACUGGUCUGUGUAUAUGCCCCGGUGAAAAUGUCUCGGAUAAUGGUUUUUCUUUCAUCCAUCCUUUGCGCAAUGUGGGCUGUGGUCUUCGUGGUCUUCACCUCACUGGUGGAUACCCAUGCGUAUGCAGUGCUGUGGGGGGUGUCGGAGCCUGGUGCAUCGACCAGCUGCCUGUGCCUUUGUGAGUUUCCACUGAGCAGGCCAGUCGUGUUGCGGAUUGUGGUUCUUGGGAUUGGUGUGUGCUGGCACUCAAUUAACCUGACCCUUCGAGCUCUAAAAGGCCUACGACGUGCACAGUGGGCCAACAUGUUCAGCGUGCUGUAUUCUGUGCCUGUCGAAGCCUUCCCUGUGGUAUGGGAGCGGCCCCAGGAGGCUGGUGGGGGCCCAGUGAAGUGGCGCACGGAGGGCGAGGCCAUGCAGUCAGAGCCUGCCUUUGACCCCUUCUGCCUCAUGGAUGAACAGCCAGAAAGCGCAUGGACCAGAGCCAUCAUUGCACCAGUGCCCGUGAAGGAUGACUCACGUUUGACUGUUUGGGAGCCAUACCUGGGCACGCUGGACAUGGAAAUCGGUUGGUGUGGCUUUCCCCGGCCCGUGGGCGGGGCGUGGGAGAGGGACACAGACUGCGAAAGCGAAUCCUUGAAGAGCAGGGAUGACGCGGACACUGCGAUGCAGGAAGUCACAAAUUCUUCAUCCUGCAGAGCGGACCCCGGCAGUCAGAACGGCACCUCACAUGGUAUCUGGUCCAGAAAGGUGAAGAAGCGUCCUCCACCCAUGCUCUUUCUGCAUACGGAGGUCGAGGAGGAUGAGGCUGAGGAGGUUGAGGCUGCUUCAGGCGCAGACGACGUGCUGCAAGUUCUGCGAGACUGGGACAAUGAUCCGGGCCCAAAUGGCAGCAGGCCUGCAUCAGCUUCCAACAUCUCGUUCAAUCGGCGGCUCUCAGAUGCCCAGGACAUCUUUCACAUGGGAGGUUUGGCGGACCUGCGCCCGCCCACCCCUGCAUCGGGCGCGUCGGGGCCGCCGUCUGCUCCAGUAUCGCGGCAGCCGACCCCAACAGAACAGAGCCAUAGGAGCGCCCCAAGCAUCGUUGGACGAAGAACGCUGACCCCAGGGGGCCCGGCCCGCUCCUCCAGAGGCGGUCCUCCAGGGCCACCGUUCCUCGUGUGA